GAAUAAUACUGAGAUUAUACAUAUCUUAUCAAUCUUAAUCACAUUUAAUUACAAUAUUUGGCGAACAUUCCGUUGAAAAAAUCAUAAAUUGUAUUUUUCCUGCAAAGGUUUCUGUGUGGGUUAUGCUGCUUAUAUAUUUAAUGCACAAUGAUCAUCAAAUAGCUCUAUUUAUACGAGUAAUGUUCUUUAUGUACCUUUGUAUUUUCUUUUCACUUUUGUGUCUUCCCAAUAAGUUUUCAAGUAAAUAUUAAGAUAAGAAACUAUGUCUAAUACUGAAGAUAAUGCUAAGGCAUGGUUUUUAAAAGGAAUUGAAUGCGAACGUGAUGGAAAUCAUUAUGAAGCUACACGAUACUACAGACGAGCAUUCAGACUAGAUUCAGAUAUCGAAGACAAAAUUACAGAUGAUGAUUUAGUAGGUCUACGUGAUGAUAACAGUUCUAAAGAAAGUGAUAGUGAUAACGAUUAUGAUAUUGAAGAAAAUCUUUAUAUAAGGUUUCAAAAAAUGAUUGGACCUCAAAUCUGUUUCCCAGAGUACAAUCAACAAACCACUCACUUUUCUGCUCUUCCUACAGAGUUAAUACUGUACAUAUUCAGAUGGGUUGUAUCAUCAGAUUUAGAUUUACGAACUUUAGAAAUAUGUUCUUCUGUUUGUCGAGGUUGGUACAUGUAUGCUAGAGAUUCAGAGUUAUGGCGUCGAGCUUGUUUAAGAGUUUGGAAUAAAUUGAAUAUUGACAAUUUAGCUUCAGUUGAUGGUAGUUGGAGAAGGCUGUUUAUAGAGUAUCCUCAUGUUUUGACAAUAGGGUGUUACAUUUGUAAAAUAUCAUAUGUUCGUCAAGGGGAAGAGGCAUUUCAAGAUUUAAGUUAUGGACCUUCUUUUAAUGUAGUUUACUAUAGAUAUCUCAGGUUCUUUUCGGAUGGCCAUGUUUUCAUGAUAGUAUCCAGCAGUGAACCAGCAAAAAUAGUACAAAAAUUGAAAUCUAAGGCAUUAGCUCCUCCAGAUGUUUGUUAUGGUUUCUAUCAUCUUUCAGAUAAUAAAUUAUCUCUUAAACUAGAUAGUAGAGUGGGGAAAAUUGAACAAAAUAAUAAACUAAGACGCAAAGUAGAAAAUGUUCAAAGAAAAACUACAUAUUAUAUGUCCUUGGAAAUUUUGAAGCACAAGUCUAAGCAUAACUGCAAACUUGUUUGGAGAAAUUAUGAAAUUGUUCAUCGAAAUCGUGUGAAUAAAUUAAUGACAACUAAGUAUGAUUUAUCAAAUAAUCGUUUCCCACCAUUUAUAUACUCAAGAGUAAAAAGUUAUACAACUGAAUCUGAAAAUGUGCUAUAAUUUAUUUCUAUUAUUAAAAUUAUUUGUUAUUGUUAAAA